UCCUUCCUUCCCCAGUGCUGUCCUCGUGAUUUAGAAAAUAUCUUUGACCCUGUGCAUCCCUCCCUGUCCCCAGAGCCCACGGUGGUGUUUGCCAAGGAGCAGUCGGCACACAGCGAGGUGAAGGCCACGGCCGGGGCCAGUGCCACGCUGAGCUGCGAGGUGGCCCAGGCUCAGACGCAGGUGACGUGGUACAAGGAUGGCAAGAAGCUGAGCGGGAGCUCGAAAGUGCGCGUGGAGGCCACGGGCUGCACCCGGCGGCUGGUGCUGCAGCAGGCGGCGAAGGGGGACAGCGGGGAGUACACCUGCGAGGCCGGGGGCCAGAAGGUCACCUUCAACCUAGAUGUCCCAGAGCCAGAGCCUGAGUCCCCAGCCCUGGAGAGACCCGACCGCAGGGGGCUUCUGGUGGUCAAAGAACACGAGGACAUCGUCCUGACUGCCACGCUGGCCGCACCCUCUGUGGCUGCGGUGACAUGGCUCAAGGACGGCGUGGAGAUUCGCCGUAGCAAGCGGCACCAGACGGCCAGCCUGGGGGACACGCACACCCUGACGGUGCGCGGUGCGCAGACCCUGGACAGCGCGGUGUACAGCUGCUGCGUAGGCGCCGAGGCGCAGGACUUCCCGGUGCAGGUGGAAGGUCAGCGGUCAGCGGGCAGCGCAGUCCUCUGCGAACCUCGCGCCUGCUGGGUCUCACUGAGGGCGAGCAGGCAGUGUCUUGUCCGGGAGUGGGUACGGGUGGGGCUCAGGGCGCACGACCCCAAAGCAAAGCACAGAGCGGCGGACCUCCUGUCCACAGUCCCCCGCGAAGUCAAGUUCACGUCUGGGCUGAGCGCCAUGGUCGCGGAGGAGGGCCAGGAGGCCACCUUCCAGUGCGUGGUGACCCCCAGCGACGCGGCGGUCCUGUGGUUCCGGGACGGUACCCAGCUGCAGCCCAGCGAGAAGUUUCGCAUGUCGCAGAGCGGCGCCAGCCACAGCCUGACCAUCUCGGGUCUGGUCCUGGAGGACGCCGGCCAGAUCACCGCGGAGGCUGAGGGGGUCACAUCCUCGGCUGCCCUCCGCGUCCGAGAGGCUCCUGUGCUGUUCAAGAAGAAGCUGGAGCCACAGACAGUGGAGGAGUGGGGUUCAGUGACCCUGGCAGUAGAGCUGACCAGGCCUUGGCCGGAUGUCAAGUGGACACGCAAUGCCAUGGCCAUAUCCCCAAGCGAGAAUGUGGCAAUCUACACGGAGGGCGCAAGUCACCGCUUGGUCCUCCGCAGUGUGGGUUUUGCUGACCGUGGCUUCUAUGGCUGUGAGACGCCAGAUGACAAGACACAGGCCAAGCUCACAGUAACAAUGCGCCAGGUCCAGCUCCUGCGGGGCCUGCAGGUGGUGGAGGUGCAAGAGCAGGGCUCCACCACCAUGGAGGUGGAGCUGUCCCAUGCCAACGUAGAGGGCAGCUGGACACGUGAUGGCCUUCGGCUACAGCCAGGGCCCACGUGCCAACUGGCAGUUCAAGGCCCCAUUCACACCCUCACGCUGUCUGAGCUGCGGCCACAGGAUGGUGGUCUCAUUGCCUUCAAGGCUGAGGGCGUGCACACAUCCGCGCGGCUGGUGGUAACUGAGCUGCCUGUGAGGUUCAGCCGCCCACUGCAGGACAUGGUGGCUACAGAGAAAGACAAAGUGACCCUGGAGUGUGAGCUGUCACGCCCCAAUGUGGACGUGCGCUGGCUGAAGGAUGGCGUGGAGCUUCAGGUUGGCAAGACAGUGGGUAUGGCAGCCAAGGGCACCUGCCGGACUCUCAUCAUUUACCAGUGUGCUUUUGGGGACCAGGGCGUGUAUGUGUGUGAUGCCCAUGGGGCUCAGACCUCGGCAUCCCUGAAGGUGCAAGGACGCAACAUCCAGAUCCUGAGACCCCUGGAGGACGUGGAGGUGAUGGAGAAGGAGAGCGCCACUUUCUCCUGUGAGGUCUCCCAUGAUGACGUGUCUGCUCAGUGGUUCCGGGAGGGCAGUAAGCUUCGGUCCAGUGACAACGUGCGCAUCCGCCAGGAAGGAAGGACAUACACGCUCAUCUACCGGAGGGUCCUGGUGGAAGAAGCAGGAGAAAUCCGAUUUGUAGCUGAAAAUGCAGAAUCUCGAGCCCAGCUCCGAGUGAGAGAGCUGCCAGUGUCCAUUCUGCGCCCCCUGCGGGACAAGAUUGCCAUGGAGAAGCAUCGCGGGGUACUUGAGUGCCAGGUGUCUCGGGCCAGUGCCCAGGUGCGGUGGUUCAAGGGUGGCGUGGAACUGCGGACCGGGCCCAAGUAUGAGAUGGUCAGCGAUGGCCUCUACCGCAAGCUGGUCAUCAGUGAUGUGCAGCCUGAGGAUGAGGACACUUACACAUGCGAUGCUGGCGAUGUGAAGACCUCUGCCCAGUUCUUUGUGGAAGAGCAAUCCAUCACCAUCGUGCGGGGCCUGCAGGACGUGACCGUGAUGGAGCCCGCCCCCGCCUGGUUCGAGUGUGAGACCUCCAUUCCCUCUGUUCGGCCGCCCAAGUGGCUGCUGGGGAAGACGCCGUUGCAGGCCGGGAAGGAUGUGGGCGUGGAGCAGGAAGGCACAGUGCACCGGCUGACGCUGCGGCGUACCUGCUCCACCAUGACCGGGCCAGUGCACUUCACCAUCGGCAAGUCGCGCACCACCGCCCAGCUGGUUGUCUCAGACAUCCCUGUGGUGCUUACAAGGCCGCUGGAGCCUAAGGCGGGCCGUGAACUGCAGUCAGUGGUCCUGUCCUGCGAUUUCAAGCCGCCCCCCAAGGCUGUGCAGUGGUACAAGGAGGACACACCCUUGGCGCCCUCGGACAAAUUCAGAAUGCGCCUGGAGGGCCACAUGGCUGAGCUGAGAGUGCUGCGGCUCACGCCCGCCGACGCGGGCAUCUACCGGUGCCAGGCUGGCGGUGCCCAGAGCUGUGCCCAGGUCACCGUGGAAGCGCGGGAGGUGACCGUGACGAGGCCGCUGCAGGACGCGGAGGCCACGGAGGAGGGCCGCGCCUGCUUCUCGUGCGAGCUUUCCCACGAGGACGAAGAGGUGGAGUGGUCACUCAAUGGGACGCCCCUCUACAACGACAGCUUCCACGAAAUCACCCACGAGGGCCACCGCCACACGCUGGUGCUGAAGCGGGUCAGGCGGGGGGACGCGGGCACCGUGCGCGUCUCUUCCCCCAAGGUGACGGCCUCUGCCCGCCUGGAGGUCAGAGCGAAGCCGGCGGUGUUCCUGAAGGCGCUGGAUGACGUGUCCGCGGAGGAGCAGAGCACCCUGACCCUGCAGUGCGAGGUCUCCGACCCCCAGGCGGGUGUGGUGUGGCGCAAGGACGGAGUGGAACUGGGCCCCAGCGACAAGUACAACUUUCUGCACACGGCGGGCACGCGUGGGCUGGUGGUCCACGACCUGAGCCUGGACGACGCGGGCCUGUACACCUGCCACCUGGGCACUGAGGAGACCUGCGCGCACGUCAGCGUGCACGACCUGCACGUGGGCAUCACCAAGAGGCUGAAGAACGUGGAGGUGCUAGAGGGUGAGGGCUGCAACUUCGAGUGUAUCCUGUCCCAUGAGGACACAGGUGACACUGCCACUUGGACAGUCGGCGGGAAGACAUUGGGCAGCUCAGGCCGCUUCCGGGCCACUCGCCAGGGCCGAAAGUACAUCCUGGCUGUGCGAGAGGCGCUGCUGAGUGACACCGGGGAGGUGGUCUUCUCUGUGCGCGGCCUCACCUCCAAGGCCUCGCUCCUCGUCAAAGAAAGGCCGGCAGACAUCAUGAAGCCAUUGGAAGACCAGCGGGCCAUGGCAGGGGAGGAUGCGAUACUGAGCUGUGAGCUGUCACGGGUGGACUCCCCAGUGCGCUGGCUGAAGGACGGGAAAGCCAUUCGCAAGAGUCAGAAGUAUGACCUGCUCUGUGAGGGCACGCGGGCCAUGCUGGUAGUCCAUGCGGCCUCACUCAAAGAUUCCGGAGAAUACACGUGUGAAACAGAGGCUUCCAAGAGCACAGCCAGCCUCUAUGUGGAAGAAAAGCCAAACCGGUUCACAGAGGAGCUGGCUGACCUGCAGGUGGAGGAAAAAGGCCAGGCUGUAUUUACCUGCAAGACAGAGCGCCCUGCAGCCACGGUGACCUGGAGAAAGGGCCUCUCUGAGCUGCAAGCCUCGAGGAAGCAUGCACCCAGCCAGGAGGGCGUGACCUUGAGGCUCACCAUCAGUGCCCUGGAAAAGGCAGACAGUGAUACGUACUCCUGCGAUAUUGGCCAGGCAAGGUCCCAGGCACGGCUCGUGGUGCAAGGUCAGAGAGUGCUCAUCACAGAGGACCUGAGGGACGUGGAGGUGCAGGAGGGCUCCUCUGCCACCUUCAGCUGCCGUGUCUCCCCUGGGGACUAUGGGCCUGUCUACUGGUUCCUGGACAAAACACCUCUGCACCCUAAUGAGCUCAAUGAGAUUAAGACCCAACCGGGUGGUUACCAUAUGCUCACCCUGCGGGAGCUUGGGCUCAAGGACUCAGGCACUGUCUACUUUGAAGUGGGCGACCAGCGGUCCUCGGCCACCCUGCGGGUCACAGAGAAGCCAAGUGUCUUCUCCCAGGAGCUCACGGAUGCCACAGUCAUGGAGGGGGAGGAUCUGACCCUGGUCUGUGAGACCACUGUCCCGGACAACCCUGUGCAUUGGACCAAGGAUGGGAAAACCCUGCGGGGGUCGGCCCGGUGCCAGCUGAGCCGUGAGGGCCGCCGAGCCCAGCUGGUCAUCACUGGCACCACCCUGCAGGAUGGCGGGCGCUACAAGUGUGAGGCUGCGGGUGCCUGGAGCAGCUCCAUCGUCAGGGUCCACGCGCGGCCCGUGCACUUCCGGGAGGGCCUGAAGGACAUGGAGGUGCUAGAGGGCGGUGCUGCCACACUGCGCUGCAAGCUGUCAACGGUGGCUGCACCUGUGGAGUGGCGCUGUGGAGAUGAGGUCCUGCGGCCAGGAGGCAAGUACAGGAUGCGGCAGGAGGGUACCAUGCUGGAGCUGGUGGUCCAGGACUUGCAGCCCGGCGACAGCGGGCAGUACGUCUGCUGCUUCGGGGACCAGACAACUUCAGCCACGCUCACCGUGAAGGCCCUGCCUGCGGAGUUCAUAGGAAGACUGAGAAGCAAGGAGGCCACGGAAGGGGCCGUGGUAACGCUGCGCUGCGAGCUGAGCAAGGCGGCCCCCGUGGAGUGGAGGAAGGGGCUCGAGACCCUCAGAGCUGGGGACAGAGUCAGCCUGAGGCAGGACGGGGCCGUGUGUGAGCUGGAAAUUUGUGGCCUGAUGGUGGCGGAUGCCGGGGAGUACUCGUGUGUGUGUGGGCAGGAGAGGACGUCGGCCACACUGACCGUCAGGGCCCUGCCUGCGGAGUUCAUAGGAAGACUGAGAAGCAAGGAGGCCACGGAAGGGGCCGUGGUAACGCUGCGCUGCGAGCUGAGCAAGGCAGCCCCCGUGGAGUGGAGGAAGGGGCUCGAGACCCUCAGAGCUGGGGACAGAGUCAGCCUGAGGCAGGACAGGGACCUGUGUGAGCUGGAUAUUCGGGAACUGGUUGUAGCAGAUGCCGGGGAGUACUCGUGUGUGUGUGGGCAGGAGAGGACGUCGGCCACCCUGACGGUCAAGGCCUUGCCUGCGAAGUUCACAAAGGGUCUGAGGAAUGAGGAGGCAACUGAAGGGGCAACGGCCACACUUCUCUGCGAGCUGAGCAAGGAGGCACCUGUGCAAUGGAGGAAGGGGCUUGAGACCCUCAGAGCUGGGGACAGAGUCAGCCUGAAGCAGGACGGGGUUGUGUGUGAGCUGGAGAUCCGAGGUCUGGCUGCGGCAGAUGCCGGGGAAUACUCGUGCGUGUGCGGGCAGGAAAGCACGUCGGCCACACUGACAAUCAAGGCCCUGCCCGCCAAGUUCACAAAGGGUCUGAGGAAGGAAGAGGCCACAGAAGGGGCCAUGGUAACGCUGCACUGUGAGCUGAGCAAGGCGGCCCCUGUGGAGUGGAGGAAGGGGCUCGAGACCCUCAGUGCUGGGGACAGAGUCAGCCUGAGGCAGGACGGGGCUGUGUGUGAGCUGGAGAUCCGGGAACUGGUUGUGGCGGAUGCCGGGGAGUACUCGUGCUUGUGUGGGCAGGAGAGCACGUCGGCCACAUUGACCAUCAAGGCCCAGCCUGCGAAGUUCACAAAGAGCCUAAGUGAUGAGGAAGCCACUGAAGGGGCCACAGCCAUGCUGCUGUGCAAGCUGAGCAAGGCGGCCCCUGUGGAGUGGAGGAAGGGGCUCGAGACCCUCAGAGCUGGGGACAGAGUCAGCCUGAGGCAGGACAGGGACCUGUGUGAGCUGGAUAUUCGGGAACUGGUUGUAGCAGAUGCCGGGGAGUACUCGUGUGUGUGUGGGCAGGAGAGGACGUCGGCCACACUGACCGUCAGGGCCCUGCCCGCCAAGUUCACAAAGGGUCUGAGGAAGGAAGAGGCCACAGAAGGGGCCAUGGUAACGCUGCACUGUGAGCUGAGCAAGGCGGCCCCUGUGGAGUGGAGGAAGGGGCUCAAGACCCUCAGAGCUGAGGACAGAGUCAGCCUGAGGCAGGACGGGGCCGUGUGUGAGCUGGAGAUCCAUGGCCUCGUGGUGGCGGAUGCCGGGGAGUACUCGUGCGUGUGCGGGCAGGAGAGCACGUCGGCCACACUGACCGUCAGGGGUAAAGACCAUGUGUGGCCAAGCAGAGCCGUGCCUUGGUUUCAAAUACCUUCCACCUUCCUGGCUGUUGUGCAAACCAUGAGAAACCAGCAUCUCAGUGCUGGGGACAGAGUCAGCCUGAGGCAGGACGGGGCUGUGUGUGAGCUGGAGAUCCGGGAACUGGUUGUGGCGGAUGCCGGGGAGUACUCGUGCUUGUGUGGGCAGGAGAGCACGUCGACCACACUGACCAUCAAGGCCCCGCCGUUGGUAUUCAGGGAGCCUUUGCAGAGCCUGCAGGCUGAGGAAGGCACAGAGGCCAGGCUGCGGUGUGAGCUGUCUGAACCCAGGGCUGUGGUCUGGAGCAAGGGUGGCCUGGAGCUGCAGGCCGACGAGCGCCGGGAGCCACGGCAGCAGGGCUGCAUGGUGGAGCUGGUGCUGCGGGACCUGCGCUGGGAAGAUGCGGGCGAGUACACCUGCACCUGUGGCUCCCAGGCCACCAGCGCCACCGUCACCGUCACAGCUGCACCCGUGCGGUUCCUCCGGGAACUGCAGGCCCAGGAGGUGGAUGAGGGUGGGACGGCACGCCUGUGCUGUGAGCUGAGCCGGGCGGGCACCAGUGUGGAGUGGCGCAAGGGCUUGCUGCAGCUCUUCCCCUGCGCCAAGUACCAGAUGAUUCAGGAAGGCAUGACUGUGGAGCUGCUGGUGCACGAUGCAGACCAGGAGGAUGCUGGACACUACACCUGUGACACAGGCCACGCACAGAGCACUGCCAGACUCUCAGUUCGCGCCCCCAGGCCCAUGUUCCAGACUGAGCUGCAGGACGCAGAGCAGGAGGUGGGCAGCCUGGCCCGGCUGUGCUGCCAGCUGAGUGAGGUGGAGCCUGGGGCCCCUGUGCAGUGGCUCAAGGAGGGUGUGGAGCUGCACACUGGCUCCAAGUACGAGAUGCAUCACCGGGGGGCCAUGUGUGAACUGCUGAUCCACGGGCUCGAGGCCAAGGACGCGGGCCAGUAUGCCUGCGUGGUGGGUGGCCAGAAAACCAUGGCCUCUGUCAAGGUCAGAGCCCCCCAGGUGACCAUUCUGGAGCCCCUGCAGGAUGUGCAGCUCAGUGAGGGCCAGGAUGCCCAUUUCCGAUGCCGGCUGUCCAGGGCCUCUGGCCAGGAGGCUCGCUGGGCCUUGGGAGGAGUGCCUCUGCAGGCCAACGAAAUGAAUGACAUUACAGUGGAGCAAGGCACACUCCACUCGCUCACUCUCCACAAGGUGACCCUCGAGGAUGCAGGAACCAUCAGUUUCCAGGUGGGCUCAUGUAGCUCAGAGGCCCAGCUGAAGGUCACAGCCAAGAAUACAGUGGUGCGUGGCCUGGAAAACGUGGAGGUGCCCGAGGGGGGCGAAGCGCUGUUCGAGUGCCAGCUGUCCCGGCCAGAGGUGGCUGCGCACACCUGGCUGCUGGAUGACCAGCCCGUGCUCAGCUCAGAGAACGCCGAGGUGGUCUACUUCGAGAAUGGUCUGCGGCACCUGCUGCUGCUCAAAAACCUGCGGCCUCAGGACAGCUGCCGGGUGACCUUCCUGGCUGGGGAUGUGGUGACCUCAGCGUUCCUCACCGUCAGAGGCUGGCGCCUGGAAGUCCUGGAGCCCCCGCGGGAUGCGGCCGUGGGGGCAGGAAGGCAGGCCCACUUCAGCUGCACGCUCAGCGAGGUGGUGCCCGUGGGCGAGGCAACCUGGUACAUCAACGGGACUGCAGUGCAGCCUGACGACGUGGACUGGAUGGUGACCGCAGAUGGCAGCCACCACACUCUGCUGCUGCGCCGCGCCCGGCCGCACCACGCCGGCGAAGUCACCUUUGCUGCCCGCGAUGCCGUGGCCUCCGCGCAGCUCACCGUGCUGGGCCUCCCGGAUCCCCCGGAGGACGCCGAGGUGGUGGGGCGCAGUGACCACUCCGUGACGCUGUCUUGGGUGGCCCCCACAAGCGAUGGCGGUGGCGGUCUCUGUGGCUACCGGGUGGAGAUGAAACCAUCGGCCACUGGGGAGUGGCAGCUGUGCCACGAACUGGUGUCCCAGCCGGAGUGCGUUGUGGAUGGCCUGGCCCCUGGGGAGACCUACCGCUUCCGCGUGGCGGCUGUGGGCCCUGCAGGCGCCGGAGAGCCCGUGCACCUGCCCCAGACAGUGAGGCUCGCAGAGCCCCUGGGACCUGCGCCCAAGCCCCAAGCUCUGGAGAGCCGGCAGGUGGCGGCCGGCCAGGAUUUGCGUCUGGAUUGUGAGGUGGUGGAGGCUGGAGAGGUUGUCUGGCUGAAGGGAACAGAGCGCAUCCAGCCUGGGGGGCGCUUCCAGGUUCUUUGCCAGAGUGGACGACAGACGCUGGUGAUUCGGGACUUCUCAGCAGAGGACCAGGGCGAGUACCGCUGCAGCCCUGCCAGGGAUCCCAUCUCUGCUGCUGCCGUGGCCUUCCAGGUGGUGCUGACACCAGGAUCCAGAGAUGAGGUCCCUGCACAGCCCAGCCUGCCUCCCGAGGCGGCCCAGGAGGGUGACCUGCACCUGCUGUGGGAGGCCCUGGCUCGAAAGCGCCGCAUGAGCCGCGAGCCCACACUGGACUCCAUCAGCGAGCUGCCUGAGGAGGACGGGCGCCUGCAGCGCCAGCGGCAGGAGGCAGAGGACCUGGCCCCUGACCUAUCUGAGGACUACUCCACAGCUGAUGAACUGGCACGCACUGGUGAGGCCGACCUCUCACACACCAGCUCUGACGACGAGUCCCGAGCAGGCACUCCUUCCCUGGUCACCUAUCUCAAGAAGGCUGGGAAGCCUGGCACCUCUCCACUGGCCAGUAAGGUUGGGGCUCCAGCAGUCCCUUCUGGAAAGCUGCAGAAGCAGCAGAAACAGCCAACCACAGUGUGCCCACCACCAGGAGACCUGAGUAUUGAGGACCUCAGUGACCCAUCUCUGGACAAGGCAGCCAUGAAGAUCCAGGCUGCCUUCAAGGGUUACAAGGUGCGGAAGGAGAUACGGCAGCAGGAGGGGCCUGUGUUCCGGAGCACAUUUGGAGACACUGAGGCACAGGUGGGGGACACCUUACGUCUAGAGUGUGUGGUGUCCAGCAAGGCAGACGUGCAAGCUCGUUGGCUGAAGGAUGGAGUGGAGCUGACGGAUGGCAGGCACCACCACAUUGACCAGCUCAGGGACGGCACCUGUUCUCUGCUGGUCGCUGGCGUGGGCCAUGCGGAUGCGGGCUGCUACACCUGCCAGGUGAGCAGCAAGUUUGGCUGUACGGUCCACAGUGCCCACGUGGCUGUCAGCGGGACGGAGAGUGAGGCUGAGAGCUCCUCUGGUGGAGAAGUGGAUGACGCCUUCCGCCGGGCAGCCCGGCGGCUGCACCGCCUCUUCCGCACCAAGGGCCCAGCUGAGGUUUCGGAGGAGGAGAUCUUCUUGAGCGCCGAUGAGGGCUCAGGGGAACCUGAGGAGCCUGGGGACUGGCAGACGUACCGCGAGGAUGAGCACUUGGUUUGCAUCCGCUUUGAGGCACUGCCUGAGGCCCGUCGGGCGGCCACCCACUUCCAGGAGAUGUUCAACAUGCUAGGCAUUGGGGUGGACAUCAGCCUGUUGGAGCAGGGACCCCGGGGGGUGGAGAUACGCAUUGCCAAGGUGGCCCUUGCCCCCGCAGUGCCUUUGGAGCCAGUGCCCAGCUUGCGGACCACAGAGGCUGCCCCAGUGUUCCUGACUGAGUUGCAGAAUCAGGAGGUGCUGGACGGGUACCCUGUGAGCUUCGACUGUGUGGUGACAGGCCAGCCCGCACCCAGCGUGCGCUGGUUCAAAGAUGGGAGGAUCCUGGAGGAGGAUGACCACUACAUGAUCAGUGAUGACCAACAGGGCGGCCACCAGCUCAUCAUCACGGCUGUGGUGCCUGCAGACAUGGGUGUCUACCGCUGCCUGGCUGAGAACAGCAUGGGUGUGUCCUCCACCAAGGCUGAGCUCCGAGUGGACUUGACCAGCACUGACUAUGACACUGCCGCGGAUGCCACCGAGACCUCGUCCUACUUCAGCGCCCAAGGCUACCAGUCCAGUCGCGAGCAGGAGGGUGUAGAGUCUACGUCAGAAGAGGGACAAUUGCCCCAGGUGGUGGAGGAGCUGAAAGACCUCCAGGUGGCCCCCGGCACACGCCUGGCCAAGUUCCAGCUCAAGGUGAAAGGCUACCCGGUGCCCCGCCUGUACUGGUUCAAAGAUGGGCAGCCCCUGACUGCUUCUGCGCACAUUCGCAUGGUGAACAAGAAGGCACUGCACAGCCUGGAGAUCCUGUCCGUUACCAGCGAGGAUGCCGGCCAGUACUCUGCCUACGUCAGCAACACUGUGGGUGCCGCUUACUCCUCUGCCCAGUUACUGGUCCAAGGCCCUAAUGACCCAGAAAAGAAGCCGGCAGCAGAUGUGCAGCAACAGCUGGUGCCACCCCGAUUCCUGGAGAAGUUCACCUCUAAGAAGGUGAAGAAGGGCUCCAGCAUUACUUUCUCCGUGAAGGUCAAAGGUCUCCCCACCCCCACUGUGCACUGGCUGCGGGAGGAGGCCGAGCAGGUGCUGUGGAUUGGCCAGGACACCCCGGGCUACACGGUGGCCAGCUCAGCCCAGCAGCACAGCCUGGUCCUGCUGGACGUGGGCCCACAGCACCAGGGCACCUACACCUGCAUCGCAUCCAACGCUGCUGGCCAGGCCCUCUGCUCCGCCAGCCUGCAUGUCUCUGGCUUGCCCAAGGAGGCAGGAUCAGCAGGAGAGACCGCUGGGGUGAAGGAGGCCCUCAUCUCCUCCUUUCUUCAGGGGACCAAAGCCAUCUCCGAACAGAUGCCUGUGGAUUUCACCAACCUUGCUGGGCAGAAAGGAGAGCCCCUGGCAGCCGAGGCCCAUGGCCACCUGACCCUGGCUGAGGUGGGCACGGAGGAGUUCCUGCAGAAGCUGACCUCACAAAUCACGGAGAUGGUGUCGGCCAAGAUCACCCAGGCCAAGCUGCAGGUGCCUGGAGGUGACAGUGACGAGGAGUCCAAGACACCGUCCGCAUCUCCCCGUCAUGGCCGCUCUCGCCCCUCCUCCAGCGUCCAGGAGUCAUCCUCGGAGUCGGAAGACGGGGACUCCCGGGGGGAGAUCUUUGACAUCUACGUGGUCACUGCUGACUACCUGCCCCUCGGGGCUGAGCAGGACGCCAUCUCGCUGCGGGAGGGCCAGUAUGUAGAGGUGCUGGACUCGGCCCACCCUCUGCGCUGGCUUGUGCGCACCAAGCCCACCAAGUCCAGCCCCUCAAGACAGGGCUGGGUGUCCCCUGCCUAUCUGGACAAGCGGCUCAAGCUGUCGCCUGAGUGGGGGCCCGCUGAGGCCCCCGAGUUCCCCAGGGAGGCCGUGUCUGAGGAUGAGUACAAGAUGCGGUUGAGCUCCAUCGUCCAGGAGCUGCUGGCCUCUGAGCAGGCCUUUGUGGGCAAGCUGCAGUUUCUGCAGAGCCACCACAUGCAGCACCUGGACCACUGCCCCCACGUGCCAGCGGCGGUGGCCAGCCAGAAGGACGUCAUCUUCCGCAACGUGCCGGACCUCAGCCAGUUCCACAACAGCUUCCUGCAGGAGCUGCAGAGCUGCGAGACGGAUGACGACGUGGCCAUGUGCUUCCUCAAGAACCAGGCGGCCUUCGAGAAGUACCUGGAGUUCCUGGUGGGCCGAGUGCAGGCCGAGUCGGUGGUGGUCAGCACAGCUGUGCAGGAGUUCUACAAGAAAUACUCGGAAGAGGUGCUGUCGGCCAUUGACCCCUCGCAGCCGCCCCCACCGCCGCUGCAGCACUUCCUGGAGCAGCCGGUGCAGCGGGUGCAGCAGUACCAGGCUCUGCUCAAGGAGUUGAUCCGCAACAAGGCGCGGAACCGGCAGAACUGCGCGCUGCUGGAGCAGGCCUACGCGGUGGUGUCGGCCCUGCCGCAGCGGGCGGAGAACCAGCUGCACGUGUCGCUCAUGGAGAACUACCCAGGCACCCUGGAGGCCCUGGGCGAGCCCAUUCGCCAGGGCCACUUCAUUGUGUGGGAAGGGGCACCGGGUGCGCGGAUGCCCUGGAAGGGCCACCACCGCCACGUCUUCCUGUUCCGCCACCACCUGGUGGUCUGCAAGCCCAAGAGGGACUCACACACCGACACCUUCAGCUACGUGUUCCGGAACAUGAUNNAGCUAAGCAGCAUCGACCUGAACGAGCAGGUAGAGGGGGACGACCGUGCCUUCGAGGUGUGGCACGAGCGGGAGGACUCGGUGCGCAAGUACCUCCUGCAGGCUCGGACCGUCAUCACCAAGAACGCAUGGGUGAAGGAGAUCUGUGGCAUCCAGCAGCGCUUGGCCCUCCCCGUCUGGCGGCCCCCGGAUUUCGAGGAAGAGCUGGCCGACUGUACAGCCGAGCUGGGUGAAACAGUCAAGCUGGCCUGCCGUGUGACGGGCACACCCAAGCCCAUCGUCAGCUGGUAUAAAGAUGGGAAGCCAGUGGAGGUGGACCCUCACCACAUCCUCAUUGAAGACCCUGAUGGCUCCUGCACCCUCAUCCUGGACAAUCUGACCAGCGCUGAUUCCGGCCAGUACAUGUGUUUUGCGGCCAGCGCUGCCGGCAAUGCCAGCACCCUGGGCAAGAUCCUGGUGCAGGUCCCCCCAAGGUUUUUGAGCAAGGUCCGGGCAGUGCCUUUUGUGGAAGGAGAGGACACCCAGGUCACCUGCACCAUCGAAGGUGCCCCACACCCUCAGAUCAGGUGGUACAAGGACGGGGCCCUCCUGACCCCUGGUGGCAAGUACCGGACCCUGAGUGAGCCACGCAGUGGCCUGCUGGUGCUGGAGAUCCGGGAGGCCAGCAAGGAGGACCUGGGCCACUAUGAGUGUGAGCUGGUGAACCGUCUGGGCUCCGUACGAGACGGCGUGGAGCUGUGCCUGCAGGGCCCUACCCUGCAGGCCAGGGAACCACACCGCCGCAGGGAGCACGUGGCUGUGGUGGAAGUCACUGAGCAGGAGACUAAAGUCCCCAAGAAAACCGUCAUCAUAGAGGAGACCAUCACCACCGUGGUGAAGAGCCCGCGUGGCCGCCUCAAGUCCCCCAGCAAGUCUCCCUCCCGCUCGCCUUCCCGGCACCCUGCCAGUUCACCCAGGUCUGGCCUGUCAGCCCCUGAGCUGCUGCAUUCACCAGGGGCUGGCCAACUUCGAAGGCCAGGGGAGGAGCCAGGCUGGAAGCCCCCUGUACCCACGCUGUACGUGACAGAGCCCGGAGCCCGUACGCCAGCCCUGCCCAGGGGCACUGGGCCCAGGUCCAAGUGGGUGGAGGUCGAGGAGACCAUCGAAGUCCAGGUGAAGAAAACAGGCUCAAGGGGUGCAUCUCCAGCUAGAGAGGUGCCUGGCAGCUCAGCGGGGCUUCUCUUCACGCUUCCUGGUGGGACCCCCGGAGGAGACCCCAACACAAACAACUCCAACAACAAGCUGCUGACCCAGGAGCCCCUGACCCAGGGCAGAGUCUUCUGUGUGGACGCUGGGCUGGAGACCCAUGAGCUGUCCCCUCCUGGGGCCACCGAAGAGGAGGCCCCCCUGGAGGUGCAGGAGGGGAGAGGUGUCCACCUGAUGGAGGAGCCCCUGGGCGCCGAGGACCUUCGAGGCUGGGACCCCAAGAUCCUCACACGCGAUGGCUGUGUGCUGACGCUGGCUGACCUGGAGGAUUACACACCCCAGGAAGGGGAGACCUUCGGCUGCAGCAGCCCCGUGCCCAGUGUCUCCGACGACCCACCCUGCGAGGUCUCGGUGCUCCAGAGAGAGAUCAGUGAGCCCACUGUGGGACAGCCCGUCCUGCUCGACGUGUGGCGCCCCCCAGGCCCCCGAGCCCCGCCUGGCUUCUUCAGCUGCUUGCCCCAGGGAACAGCUCUGUCGAGGCCCCAGGUCUUCCGCCCUGUUGGUGUCUCCCGGGCUAGGGGUGCCACAUCCUUCUGCACCCAAGUCCAUCGCUCUGCGGACAGUGGCCAGAGCAGCUUCAAAACGGAGGUUUCCACCCACACGGUCAGCUUUGGGACAGUGGGUGAGACAGUCACCCUGCACAUUCGGCCUGACGGGGAUGAGGACCCCAGUCCGUCCCAGGGUGCUGCUGUCCCACCCCCAACUGCCCUGGAGCAAGUGGACCAGAGCACAUCUGUCCAGAGGACACUGGUGGGCCCGGAGGCUCCGGGACCCUCUGCAGGGGACCACGCUGGCCUGGGCCCCAGGGAGCCACUUGCUCUCCAGGAGGCCAGCCCCCAGCUCCUAGGCACUGAGGCUGCAGAUGAAUCUGGCCCUGGCCUCCCACCAGCAGAGUCCAGGAAGGUGCCUGAGUCUCUCCCUCCUGGGAGCCAGGAUCAGGACUCGGGGGCUCCUGCGGCGGCUCACGAACGCAUGGUGCCCAUCAGGAUGGAGAGCGCGGCCUGGCCGGGGACAGAGGCCACUGAGCUCUGGGAUGUCUGCAGCCACGUGUUCACAGAAACCAUGCACCGGACAUACGUGUACAAGGCCAGCGACCUGGGUGCCGCAGCAAGACCCCCGUCCAUGCAGGUCACCAUCGAGGAUGUGCAGGCACAGGGAGGCAGCACAGCGGAAUUCCAGGCUGUCAUCGAGGGCGACCCGCAGCCCACAGUGACCUGGUAUAAGGACAGCGUCCAGCUGGUGGACAGUGCACGGCUCAGCCAGCAGCAGGAAGGGACAACCUACUCCCUGGUGCUGAGGGAUGUGGCCCAGCACGAUGCCGGUGUCUACACCUGCCUGGCCCAAAACGCUGGCGGCCAGGUGCUGUGCAAGGCGGAGCUGCUGGUGCACGGAGGGGCCAGCGAGCUGGGCUCGGAGAAGCAAAGCUAUCGGAGAAAACUGCACUCUUUCUACGAAGUCAAGGAAGAGAUUGGGAGAGGUGUGUUCGGCUUUGUGAAGAGGGUGCAGCACAAGGGCAACCAGAUGUCCUGUGCUGCCAAGUUCAUCCCCCUGCGGAGCAGGACGCGCACCCAGGCUUACAGGGAGCGAGAUGUGCUGGCAGAGCUGAGCCACCCGCUGGUGACCAGGCUGCUGGACCAGUUUGAGACGCGCAAAACGCUCAUCCUUGUCCUGGAGCUGUGCUCAUCAGAGGAACUACUGGACCGCCUGUUCAAGAAGAGUGUGGUGACAGAAGCUGAGGUCAAGGUCUACAUCCAGCAGCUGGCGGAGGGGUUGCAUUACCUGCACAGCCACAGCAUCCUCCACCUGGACAUAAAGCCCCCCAACAUCCUGAUGGUGCAUCCUGCUCGGGAAGACAUUAAAAUCUGCGACUUCGGCUUUGCCCAAAGAAUCACCUUGGCAGAGCCAAAGUACAGCAAGUACGGGUGCCCUGAGUUUGUGUCCCCGGAGGUCAUCGAGCAGACCCCUGUGAGCGAGGCCUCUGACAUCUGGGCUAUGGGGGUCAUCUCCUACCUCAGCUUGACCUGCGUGUCCCCAUUUGCGGGCGAGAGUGACCGAGCAACCCUCUUGAACGUGCUGGAGGGGCGGGUGUCCUGGAGCAGCCCGGUGGCUGCACACCUCAGCCCGGAUGCUCAGGACUUUAUCAAGGCUGCCCUGCGGAGGGUCCCGGAAAGCCGACCCAGUGCAGCCCAAUGCCUUGCCCACCCCUGGUUCCAGAAGUCCCUGCCCGCGGAGGAGGCCCACUUCAUCAACACCAAGCAACUCAAGUUCCUCUUGGCCCGCAGCCGCUGGCAGCGCUCCCUGAUGAGCUACAAGUCCAUCCUGGUGAUGCGCUCCAUCCCCGAGCUGCUCCAGGCUCUGGGCUCCGACUGUCCCCAUGGGGCCGGCCCCUCUGGAGAGGGCUGCCAUGAGGGGCAGGGUCCCUCCCCCACCCUCUGGGGCCUCCAGGCUGAAACAGGAGGGGAGAGCGUGCCCAGAGAGGUGGCAGGUGCCCCGGAAAUGGAGUCUCGGGAAGCGCAGAGACCAUUUUCAUCUUCUGGUGGAGAUCCUUGCCUUGCUGAGCAAGAGAGGUCCUCCCAGGAGAGCUGUGGGGGGCAGCCGGCUCCUUUUUGUCACCCCCAGAGGGGCCCUGCCACCCGGAAGGGCUCUGAUCCCCCUGAGGCUGUUGCACCCCAAGCUCCUGGCUCCUUCCUCUCCCGGGGACUGCAGGCUCCCUCCUCCCCAGCUCAAGCAAGCCUCCAGCCAGGCUCUAAGAUGGGGCUGGAGGCCACCCUGUUCCCUGGGAAGCCCCGUCCCCCCAGCUCUCCAGGGCCAGCCUCCCCAUCUGGCAUGGCGCCCGGCUCCUCCCUGGACACCGAGGAUCUAGCCCAGGAGACAGAGGGCCUGUGGGAGUCUGAGCCCAGCCCACCUCAGCCUCGGGAGCAGGCGACCUCACGGAAGUUCUCCCUUGGGCACCAUGGCGGUUAUGCAGGCGUGGCUGGCUAUGGCGCCUUUGCCUUUGGCGGGGAUGCGGGAGGCAUACUGGGACAGGGACCCCUGUGGGCCCGGAUGACCUGGGCCACCUCUCAGUCCUUGGAGGAACAGGACGAAACGGGGGCCGAGAGCCCACUCCCCCAGGCCAGCGUGGUGCCCUUGCCAGAGGGCAGCGGGGGCAGGGGAUCCCAGGUGUCGCUGGUGCAGAUCCAGGACCUGUCAGGGGACAUGGAGGCAGCAGACACCAUGUCUCUGGAUAUAUCGGAGGUGGAGCCUGCCUACCUCAACCUGUCGGACCUGUACGACAUCAAGUACCUUCCCUUUGAGUUCAUGCUCUUCAGGAAGAUCCCCAAGCCAGAGCUGCCACCAUCCCCAGCGUCGGAGGCCAGGGAGGAGCUGGCUGAGCUCCCAGAGGCCACGUGGUCCUGGCAGGGCGGGCUGGGCCUGCCUGCCAGCCUGGAGAUCAGGGAAGAGCUGGAGGACAGUGAGGCCCUGUUCAGGGAGGCAGGUGGCAGCAGGAAGCGCAAGUGGUCACCCCCCUCCAGUGGCCGGCGCUUCCCCGGGCGGCAUGCCCUGCUGGACGAGCCUGUGGAGCUGGGGCUGCGCCAGAAGGUGAGGGCCUCAGUGGCCCAUAUCUCCAGCCUCCUGAGAGGCAGGCCUCAAGGUCCAGAGAAGGAGGGUCCCCCUAGGAAAAAGGCAGGCCUAGUUUCCUUCCGGCUGUCGGGUCUGAAGAGCAGAGACCAAGCGCCAUCCUUCCUAAGGGAGCUUGCAGAUGAGACCGUGGUCCUGGGCCAGUCUGUGACUCUUGCCUGCCAAGUGUCGGCGCAGCCAGCUGCCCAGGCCACCUGGGAGAAAGAUGGGGUCAUCCUGGAAAGCAGCAGCCGCCUCCUCAUCUCCUCCACACUAAAAAAUUUCCACCUUCUGACCAUCCUGGUGGUGACCACUGAGGACCUAGGCGUGUACACAUGCAGCGUGCACAAUGCCCUGGGCACGGCAGCCACCACAGCUGUCCUCCGGAAGGCAGAGCGCCCCUCGUCCUCCCCGCGCCCGGACAUCGGGGAGGUGUAUACUGAUGGGGUCUUGCUGGUCUGGAAGCCCAUGGAGUCCUAUGGCCCUGUGACCUACAUUGUGCAGUGCAGCCUAGAAGGUGGCAGCUGGAGCACGCUGGCCUCAGACAUCUUUGAUUGCUGCUACCUGGCCAGCAAGCUUUCCAGAGGCGGUGUGUAUGCCUUUCGGACUGCGUGCGUCAGCAAGGCCGGCAUGGGUCCCUACAGCAGCCCCUCUGAGCAGGUCCACCUGGGAGGGCCCAGGCACCUGGCCUCCGAGGAGAGCUGCCCUGCACCGCCAGCCCAGCCUCUCCCCAGCACGCAGACCUUCGCCUUCCAAACACAGAUCCGAAGGGGCCGCUUCAGCGUGGUGCGCCAGUGCCGGGAGAAGGCCAGUGGACGGGAGCUGGCCGCCAAGAUCAUCCCCUACCGCCCGGAGGACAGGACAGCCGUGCUUAGCGAGUACGAGGCCCUCAAGGGCCUGCGCAACCCGCACUUGGCCCAGCUGCAGGCCGCCUACCUCAGCCCCCGGCACCUGGUCCUCAUCUUGGAGCUGUGCUCAGGGCCGGAGCUGCUCCCCUGCCUGGCUGAGCGGGCCUCCUAUUCAGAAUCUGAGGUGAAGGACUACCUGUGGCAGAUGCUGAGCGCCACCCAGUACCUGCACGCACAGCGCAUCCUGCAUCUGGACCUCAGGUCCGAGAACAUGAUCGUCACAGAGUACAACCUGCUCAAGGUGGUCGACUUGGGCAACGCCCAGAGCCUCGCCCAGGAAAGGGUCCUGCCUUCAGAGAGGUUCAAAGACUAUGUGGAGACCAUGGCCCCGGAGCUCCUGGAGGGCCAGGGUGCCGUUCCACAGACUGACAUCUGGGCCAUCGGUGUGACGGCAUUCAUAAUGUUGAGCGCUGAGUACCCAGUGAGCAGCGAGGGUACGCGAGACAUGCAGAAAGGCCUGCGCAAAGGGCUCAUCUUGCUGAGUCGCUGCUACGCGGGGCUGUCCGGGGGAGCCGUGGCCUUCCUGCAGAGCACGCUGUGCGCGCACCCCUGGGGCCGGCCGUGUGCAUCCAGCUGCCUGCAGUGCCCAUGGCUGACUGAGGAGGGCCCAGCCUGCUCCCAGCCCUCCGCGGUGACCUUCCCCACAGCACGUCUGCGUGCCUUUGUGCGAGAGCGUGAGAAGAGGCGGGCGCUGCUGUACAAGAAGCACAACCUGGCCCAAGUGUGCUGAGCGCUCGGUCCUGCGGUGUAUGGCAAGGCUGCACACCUGGCCUGGCCUCCACACGCAGUAUAUGCACAGACACUAAUAAAAACCAGAACCA